CCAGCCACAGGAGCAGAUCCAGAGCGGCGAGGCCGAGAGCGAUCAGGAAGCGGCUGUGUCUCCGGAGCCCAGCAGUCCUCCUGGUGCCGGCGCACAGAAGAAAGAGAAGGGCAUCUCACGCUUCCUGCCUCCAUGGCUUAAACGACAGAAGUCACAGAGCCAGGACAAGCCCAGCGAGAGCUCAGCGACGCCCAGGCAGGAGAGCGUGGAGCUGAAGGAGGAGCAGGAAGAUACGAACCAGCCGAAAGAGGAGGUGGACGGAGGAGGAGCAGCGACUGCCAGCACAGAACAGACAGAGGAGGUGAAGGAGGUGAGAGAGGAGGUGCAGACGGGGCAGAAGGAGAAAGAGAAAGAGGAGGAGGAAGAGUCUGUUGGCAGUGCUGACACACAGCCUGUGAGAGAGGAGAAAGAGGGCGAAUCGGAGGUGGAGGAGAAAGAGGAGGAGAAGAAAGAGGAGGAGAAGAAAGAGGAAAAGCAACUGCUCCAGCAGGAGGCGAGUGUGCUGUCAACGCACAAAAUCAACAAAAAGAUGAAGAUGGUGGUGUGUCACGUGACCCUGCUGGACGGCAGCCAGUUCACCUGUGAGGUGGAGAAACGGGCGAAAGGCCAGUACCUGUUUUUUCAAGUCUGCGAGCACCUGAAUCUGCUGGAGAAGGACUACUUCGGCCUGAGCUUUAAAGACAACGCUGAGCAGAGGUGCUGGCUGGACAUCACCAAGGAAAUCAAGCGUCAGAUCCGCAACUCUCAGUGGCAGUUCACGUUCAGUGUGAAGUUUUACCCUCCGGACCCGUCUCAGCUGACGGAGGACAUCACGAGGUAUCUGCUGUGUCUCCAGCUGAGGCAGGACAUCGCCUCGGGCCGGCUGCCCUGCUCCUUCGUCACACACGCUCUGCUGGGCUCCUACACCCUGCAGGCGGAGCUCGGGGACCACGACCCAGACGAGCAUCGGCUGGACUACAUCUCAGACUUCCUGUUCGCCCCCAACCAGACCAAGGAGCUGGAGGAGAAGGUGGUGGAGCUGCACAAGUCCCACAGGGGAAUGACUCCAGCCCAGGCAGACGCACAGUUUCUGGAAAAUGCCAAGAAGCUCUCCAUGUACGGUGUCGACCUGCAUCACGCCAAGGACUCUGAGGGAGUGGAUAUCAUGCUGGGAGUGUGUGCAAACGGUUUGCUGAUCUAUAAGGAUCGUCUGCGGAUAAACCGCUUUGCUUGGCCCAAAAUCCUCAAGAUCUCUUACAAACGCAGUAACUUCUACAUCAAGAUCCGGCCGGGAGAGGCCGAGCAGUUCGAGAGCACCGUCGGCUUCAAGCUGCCCAACCACCGGGCUGCCAAAAGAGUUUGGAAAGUGUGCGUCGAGCACCACACCUUCUUCAGGCUGGUUUCUCCUGAGCACCCCACCAAGACCAAGUUCCUGACCCUGGGCUCUAAGUUCCGCUACAGCGGGAGAACACAGGCACAGACACGACAGGCCAGCUCCCUCAUCGACCGGCCCGCGCCCAACUUCCAGCGCACCUCCAGCAAACGCCUCUCUCGCAGUCUUGAUGGAGCUCCUGUGGUGAACGUGAGUGAUUACAGUCAGGCUGCAGGUGCUGGAGAGAACGGUCCGCCUCUGGAACUCAACUCUGACUCUAAGAGUCCACAGGUGGAGGUCAUGGAGGAGCCAAACGUGGAUGCAGCCACAUCCAUCACCUCUGAAAUGGCCUUUGAGCAGAUGGAUGGCACUGGCGCUCCUGAGAGAAAGAGCAAGUUGAGAGUGCAGGGGGAAAAUAUAUAUGUCAGACAUAGCAAUUUAAUGUUGGAGGACUUGGAUAAGACCCAGGAGGAUGUGUUGAAACAUCAGGCUAGCAUUAGCGAGCUCAAGCGCAGUUUUAUGGAGGCUAGGCCCGAGCCCAGGCCCAGUCAGUGGGACAAGCACCUGUCGGGCAGCCCUGUCACCUCUCUGCGUCUGCAGGCUCAUGGGGUUCCACAGGAAACCCCUCCCGGUCCCGGGACGGACAGCAGAGACACCAGCAAGACUGCAGAGGUCAAACCUGAAGUCGACGACCAGCCAGAGGUUAUAGAGGUUGUGGAAGAGACCGUUGUCAUUGAGGAAGUCGUUAAAGCCAAACCCAAGAGCCCCGCCCCUGAGGCUUCGAUUCCCGUGGAGACGGAGGUCAAGGAGGAGAGGAGUUUAUCAUCGGGCAGCGAUAGUGAAGAGGAGGCAGAGUACCAUGCUCAGCCGCCCAGCACGAGCAUCUCCAUCCAGCAGAUCAAAGAAGAGCCUGAGGAGGAACAGGAGGCGGAGCUCACUCAACAAGCCCCACCCUCUGCGAUAGAGUCACAGCCAUCCGCAGAAGCAGCUGAGCCCGGCCCUGUGGUGGAGGAAGAAAAACCAGCAGAGCCUCAUGAGGAAGAGCAUACACACGAACCACGGCUGAUGACGGACGAAGCUCCCAAUGGACACGCCCUCAAAGCUGAAGCCCCACCCACUGCCGAGGAGGAGGAGCCUCACAUCGUGAACGGCAGCGCCUCUCGUGUGGAAGCAGAGCACCUACCGCAGGUUAUUUGUUGUUCGGAGCCUCCUGUUGUGAAGACUGAGAUGGUUACGAUCUCAGACACGUUUGCUGCUCAGAAGACGGAGAUAUCCACUAAGGAGGUCCCCAUCGUGCACACGGAAACCAAGACCAUCACGUACGAGGCCGCGCAGCUGGAUGGUAAUGGAGACGGGGAGCCAGGCGUUCUCAUGACUGCUCAAACCAUCACCUCUGAAUCACUCUGCACCACCACCACCACACACAUCACCAAGACACUAAAGGGCGGGCAGUCAGAAACUCGCAUUGAGAAGCGCAUCGUCAUCACGGGAGACUCUGACAUUGAUCACGAUCAGGCGUUGGCCCAGGCUAUAAAGGAGGCCAAAGAGCAGCACCCUGACAUGUCUGUCACUCGCGUGGUGGUCCACAAAGAGACGGAGCUCGCCGAGGAUGAGGACUGAAGGACAGAGCUGAAGAGCGGCUCAGAGUUCAUCCGUCGUGUGGAGGAGAGAAGAGCGGCUCUGAUCCUGUACAGAAACACAUCUUCAUCUUCUGUCAUUCAAAACAGAACCACUUAGCUAACAUUCCUAGCUUUUUAUUUUUUUUAGUCUUUGUUUUAUCUCUCCCUCAAAAGAUUGUCUUUACCAUUUCUGAAGACCAGAUGUAUGUUGUUUUUAUUGUUAAGUAGUAAUUCACAUUCCUAGUUCAUGAGGAGGAGUAAUGGAUCACUUUGUGGUGGAGGAGCGUGUGAGCAUGUGAAGAUGAUGUUGAGGGGGCGGGGUUACAGAUGGAUGUGUUUUCCUGAUGUCACAGUGUUUGUAAGGGACCAGCACAGGACAGUGGCACUGUGUGAUUCUCAUUGGUGGACGGUGGAGCCAAUCAUUCCUCAGUGCAGUCAAACACACACACAUUCCCCCGAGGAGAGGAUGAGCAGCUUUACCUCUCAGUGACCAGAUGCAACGCAGGACCUCCAUCACCAUCAAACCUAGGCAGCUCUGUGGGAACUUUCCCAUCUCCAGACAUUUUCUGGCACCAAUAUUCACAUAUAUAUAUAUAAAUAUAUAUAAAUCAGAUGAUUUCCCACAAGGUCACUCUGUUUGCCCUUUUAAAUAUCUUUAAUCUGUUUCAGGAACUUUUGAUUAAAUGAACAAAUGAGAUUGAACUGCCAGCGCUGAUGUUUUUAGUGGCCGAGCGAGGCCCGUGCUCUCUUCUCUCUCUCUCUCUCUCUCUCUCUCUGUCUGUCUCUCUCUCUCUCUCUCUCUCUCUCUCAGCUCCCAUCUGCUCCAUCAACCUUGUUUUUAGCAGUUAAUGGUAGGAUAGACUCUCUCUUUCUUUUUUAAGCAGCUUUGGAUGAUGUGUCAUGUUUUAUGCCCCACCCGACCCUUUGUGUAACACUCUUCUCAUUAAAGUCUGUUUAUUCUCUAAUAA